GGUAUCUGGGGCUGCCCCUGACAAACCCCUCUCGUUUCAGGAAUAAUUUUUGGGGUCCCUGGGAUUUCCCAUCCUCCAGCCCUGCUCCUUGUUCCCAGUAUGAGCCCAGCAUCCCCCUGGUGCUGUUGGAGGCCGCGGGGCCAUUCUGGAGCGCGGAGUCCCAGCAGGGGGUGAUGACAGUCCCUCAGCUCUUCCCAGGUUGCCCAAUUUGGGAUUUCUGCCCGGGAAUGUUGUGGUGAUCUCACGGUGCGGGUGACGCAACAGGGCACGGCCUGGGGGAUGCCCGUCCCGUGUCACCAGGGCAGCCCUGGACGCCCCUUCCCACCUCCCUGCUAAAAUUCUGGAGGUGUGAGGCGCCCGUAUUCCCGGCUGGCACACGUGGAGCGGAGAAGGAAGUGCCGGCCCGCGGGGAGGAGGAAGGAACCUGGAGCUGGAGUUUCCAGGUGUGUGCACAUCACCUGCCCGGCCCUAUAAAACGGAGGCGGCGGCUGCGGCGCUGCCACUCGGCCGCCUCAUCCCUGGGGCUGCACUUCCCAAGGGGUCCCCCCCAAAUUUUGGCGCGCUCCCUCCCCAAAUUUGGGCGUGUUCCCCCGCCCCCCCCCUCCCCAAAUUUUGGCGUGGUCCCUCGACAUCUGGCUGAUGGGCUGGCUGGGUGCCCUGGCCGUGCUGGCGGUGCUGGGGCAGUGCCGGGCGCUGCGGCGGCCCGCGGGUGCCUCUGCCCACUCGCCCGUGCGCUGCUACAGCGGGGCCGAGCUGGAGGACGAGCCCCCGGCGCAGCUGCUGGGCCGCAGCCUGCGCUGGGACCGCCACGUCCCGGUGCAGCUGGUACCGGCGCUGGAGCGGCUGGAGGCCCGGCGGCUGCGGCGGCACCGCCCGCACGCCUGCCCCGCGCUGUCCCUGCGCGCCGGGCUCCGCAGCGAGCCCCACGAGCGCUCCAUCUCCCCGUGGCGCUACCGCAUCGACGAGGACGAGAACCGCUACCCGCGCAAGCUGGCCUUCGCCGAGUGCCUGUGCAGCGGCUGCGUGGACGUGAAGACCGGCCGGGAGACGACGUCGCUCAACUCGGUGACCAUCCACCAGACCAUGCUGGUGCUGCGGCGCAAGCCCUGCCCGCGGCCCGCGGGGCUGGGGCUGGUCGCGCUGGAGGUGGAUUACAUCCGAGUGCCCGUGGGCUGCACCUGCGUCCUGCCCCGCACGGCGCGCUGAGCCCGCGCCGCCCCGAAGCGUGACCGUGUCACCGCCCGGCCCCCGCCCGUGCUUGUUUUAGAGCACCCGACCCCGCCAGGGUGUCCCCUCCCCUCGUUAUUUAUGAGUUAUUUAUAAGCCUUGCUGCCGGGGGGCUUUUUGUACCCCCUAUUUAUUGCUGACCCCCGGCCACGGCUGCGACUCUGGGGCCAGCAUCGCCCCACGGUGCUCGAGGUCCCCCUGGCCAGACCCUGUGAGUGCUGCCCUGGUGCUUGCUGGUUAUUUAUUCCCCCAAAAAAAGCUAUUUAUUGUCUCCUCUCUAGUGCUAUUUAAUGCUGCAAAUAAAAGCCAA